UGUGGGCGAGUCAGGCAGGGAGCUGGUGGAGAAGAAGGCUAGGAAGAACUGGGCGGCUAGCCUCGCGACUACGCCGCUCUCAUGACGCGAUAAGGAUACCGGUUAUUACUGAUUUCAUUAUCAGCUUUGAGUCCUAUUUGUGGAAGGAACCGAAAGGUAACAAACAUGGGUCAGUGUUUUGGAGUCGUUGAAAGCUGGUCUCAGUUCGUGUCCAGUAUCUGCACUGGUUGGAUCGGCUUGUUAACGAAGAGGACUCGCUAUCACGAGGCACCUCAUAGAGUGUCUUCGUUAUGCAUCCUCCGAGGCGAAAAGACCCCAGGCGAAGAUGGGAAGCUGAUGCACCAUAUCUUCGAGGACAUUGCCAGCGCAUCCCCGGACGCCCCAGCCAUCUUCUACGGGGGCAAGACCAUGUCGUACGGGGAGGUGAACAAGCGGGCCGACCUGGUCGCCUGCCGGUUACAGCAUGAAAUCAUGGGAAUGGUGUCACCGUUGAAGACCAAUAGGAACCCUCUGAUUUGCAUUGCGAUGCCGCCGAGUGAGAAACGCAUUAUCACCAUCCUUGCAGCGUUCAAACUGCACAUGGGGUACCUUCCUGUGGAGCCGACGAUCCCACCACAAAGGGUGUUGCAAAUUGUCCGUGAAGCCAAGCCAGAGAUCAUCAUUUACGCUGCGGAGUAUGCGGGAGUUGUGAACAAGACAAGUAUCUUCAGCGAAAGUACCCGACUCCUUGAUUACGAUUUGUUGGGCGACAAGCUCAAAAUGCUUACAACGUACCAGAAAGGAAAUGAUCAGGAUCCCUUAGCGUGCGUCCUUUAUACGUCUGGUAGUACUGGCGAACCCAAGGGGGUCCGCUUGCGGCACAGUAGCGUCCUGAAUCGCCUUCGCUGGCAAUGGCGACAGUUCCCCUUCACGGAGAGUGAGGUGGGGGCGGCAAAAACGUCACUACUGUUCGUAGACAGCAUCACGGAGACUUGGGGCUGCUUACUUCGUAAGAUUCCCGUUGUAAUCAUUCCAAGAAACAUCGUGCAGAACCCCGAGUCUUUCGUAAAAACUGUCACUGACCAUGGAGUAACGAGACUGGUUGUCGUGCCUACGUUGCUAAAGACGUUGCUGUUGUACUUGAAGAUGAGUGACCGUUUUAAUAUGUUGUCAAAAUUGAAAUUAAUCGUCUGUAGCGGAGAGACGCUCCCGCCGUCUCUAGCCAAGCAGUUCUUCUCCUUCUUCAGUGGGACUGUCCUUGCUAACUACUAUGGGUCGACCGAGGUAACGGGUGAUGUCACUUAUGAUGUGUUCCAAGACGUCAGAGAUGUUGAGGAGAAAUGCCUCGAUGAUAGAAUGUCCAUAGGCGGGCCUAUCGACAACUGUACUGUCUACGUUGUAGACAAUGAAAUGCGACCAGUAGCUGAGGGGGAGAUCGGCGAGAUUUUGAUGUCGGGCAAAAAUGUCGCGGAUGGUUACAUGAAAAUGGAGCAAGCAGAUGAUUUCAUGGAGAACACGAUUGAGAAAUCAGGUGCGAGUCCCCUAUUUCGUUCCGGUGACUACGGCAAGAUUGCACAAGGGAGGAUUUACUUCUACGGCAGGAGAGACACUCAAGUCAAAAUCCGAGGACAACGAGUCGAUUUGUCUGAAAUCGAUCGUCUGAUUUCUUCCCUGUCGACUGUCAAGGAUGUUGUUUCUAUCGUCUGCCGACCAAGGGGUUCAGCGGGCACAAUCGUGUCAUUCACGGUCACGGAGAAGAAUGCUAAACGGGCAUUGGAAGCAAGCCGUCUGGUGGAGGCAUGUCGCUCCUCCCUGCCGGAUUACAUGGUGCCGACAGUCGUUGUUCUGAAGGAGAUGCCCGUGCAAAGCCACACGGGCAAAAUAGACUUAGAACGCCUGAAAGAUAUCUACGAUGAAACCCUGAUUGAUAGCGGAUGCACAGAAACAGACGACGUGAACAGAAAUGUUGUCGACGUCAUAGCAUCCGUUACCGGUGUCAGAACAUCUCGCGUGAAACUUUCAGACAAUUUCUUUCAAAUUGGUGGUAACUCAGUCGAAGCAGUGAAUGCAGUAGCAGGUCUCAGAAAUUUAGGAUACGCUAUAGAAAUAGGGGCUUUCUUUGCUGCUCGGACAAUCAGUGAGAUCGUAGAGACGAUAAAAACUGGGUUAGUCGCCGAAGCAAAGACCGUGCUGGCAAGCCGAUAUCAACUCCGACCCCUGCAACCAUCCGACCGCAAGGAAAUCGACCCGAUUGUCGAGCAUGGGAUGGUGAGGAAGUGUCCCCUGUGCGGCUCGGCCGGGAUUCGCAAUGAAGAUAUGCGGCUCUUUACGGAUGCGGUGUGGGAGGGGAGUUUAGCAAGCCGGCUGUCCCAUGUCGUCCUGGAGAAGAAGACGGGAAGAAUUGUCGCUGUUCAAUUCAACGUUCUGUCGUGUUUUGAUUUGAAGAUGGACACCAUGAUGCGGAACUCGUGCAUGAGGAAGAUAUGCCUCAUGCUGGUCGAAUCUGAGUCCAGCUUCAGUGCCUUCAUCAAAGGCAACCACAGUAGAUGGUGUGAGGCGGAGUUGGCGGUCACCCUGCCCGAGCUGGCAUAUGAGGAGAACCUCUACAUUCUUGAGCUGUUCGAAAAGACGCUGAUCGAGGACUGCCGGAAGAGAGGGAUGUUGGGCAUCUGUUCCGUCAAUGUGAACCUUGUGACGCAGGUCCUCGCUAAGCAGCUCGGUUACCAGUCCUCAUGGUACGUCAAGGUGAAGGACUGGUCAAGCCCGGAUGGAAACAAGCCUUUCAUUACCGCACCCGAUGACGCGUACAUUUCGGCAGACGUCUUACUUCUCACAUAAGACAUUGCGCUUGUGUCGAGAAGGAUUAAAACUGCGAUAUAUGCUUUGUGUCAGCAUCACGAUAAAGAUGCGACAGCGUUGUGAUCGGUAAAUGCAUGUCUAAGAGGGUAAACCUCGUUAGUAGAACAAACAGACAAUGAUGCCGAUAACGCCUCGUAUUGGACAGACGAAAAUUCUGAAGCAUAUAUAUUUUUUCAAAUUCUGCUGAUGAUGCAAGAACCUUAUCAUCAGUCUUCUUGAUACCUACUUGUUUUGGGCAACUCAAUUAUCAGUUGAAACAGAAUCUUUAUUGAAAGACUCUGGUUGAAUGAAGGGAUGAUUGUGCAGAACAUUGAAAACGUUCUUGCACAUGGCCGCUUCGGAGAGUAUCCGUCUGUUAUGAGUGCAUGUACAUACAUGUACUACAUUGGGUGUAUCAUGUUGUCUUGUGACAAUUCGAUAUAGUUUUAUUUGGAAACUUGUCAUGUAAAUGAUUGUAGUCAAAGGUUACCUAGAGAAGGAGUUUGUAGAUUUACAUGUGCAUAAAAUUAGCAUGCCGUGGAGCAAAUAAUGAAUGUAUUUUUAAGACAAACAGUUUCUGAGUUCAGUGUUUCCACUCUAAAGUGUGGUUAGCCACCCAUGCUGUACAUUGUAUACGAAGAUAUUUCAAGCAAUACUUCGACCUGUGAUCAAUAUUUCACAAUCGAGCGAACGAAAUCCAUGUCACAUUUACGUGUGAGUAGAUGUGGUAUAGCCACUAGUGAAGAAAACAACUGGUAGCAUACAUUAAUUCACUCGGAGGCUAUACGCGUACCGGGGCUAUGGCUAUACCACAACUUAGUCAACUCACAGGCACACGAAGAUCAAACUCCAGCCCAACUGACAACACUCAUAAAAUAAUGUAUUGUCAGUUGGGCUGGAGCAACGUACAAGAAAAGGGCAAUCGUCCCAGCCUAUUUAGGAGAUUCAGUGCAUCUAGCGAAUGAAGAGGGCAUAAGUUGUUACGUUGCUUAGGAAUGUUGAAGUUUAUUCAUUACAGAUCUUUAUUCGAUAUGCAAUAGGUGUAGAAACAAAUGAUUUUAGAAAACUACUAGAUUCUCACGUGAUAUGUAAAUGACCUGUUAGGCUUGUUGUUGAUUAGAAGAAAAUAAAUUCUAGAAUGUU